AUGGCUCUCCUCGUGGACAAGCUGCGCCCUCGGACGCUUGAUGCUCUCACAUAUCACCCUGAGCUCUCAGAACGUCUCCGCUCAUUAGCUCAAAGCGGCGAUUUUCCUCAUCUGCUUGUCUAUGGACCAUCGGGAGCAGGCAAGAAAACACGUAUCAUUGCGACAUUGAAAGAACUGUACGGACCUGGAGUCGAGAAGAUCAAAAUCGACGCGCGAGUCUUCCAAACGACAAGCAACCGCAAGCUUGAAUUCAAUAUCGUCUCCUCUGUUUACCACCUCGAAAUCACGCCCGCAGACGUCGGUAACUAUGACCGAGUCGUGGUCCAAGAAUUGCUGAAGGAGGUCGCCCAAACACAACAGGUGGAUCUGUCCGCGAAGCAGCGAUUCAAGGUCGUUGUGAUCAACGAGGCUGAUCACCUCACCCGUGAUGCUCAGGCUGCACUGCGUCGUACCAUGGAGAAGUACAGUCCUAACCUGCGCUUGAUCCUCUUAGCCAACAGCACCUCGAACAUCAUCGCCCCGAUUCGCUCGCGAACCCUGCUGGUCAGGGUGGCUGCGCCCACUGAGACCGAUGUCUGCUCUGCGCUACGAAUUGCUACAAAAAGAGAAGGCUGGAACGAAGCCGAAGGCUUGAACAAGAGGAUUGCAAAAGAGAGUGGACGGAACUUGCGCCGCGCGCUGCUGAUGCUCGAGGCUAUCUAUGCGCAGAAUGAAAAAGUUACAGACAAGACGGCAAUUCCACCGCCGGAUUGGGAGGCGCUUAUCACGGUGACUGCGGAUGAGAUCCUAGCGGAACGGUCACCCGCUCGACUGUUGCAAACCUUGACGUUCAAACUCGUUUCACGAGUGGAUGACGCGCUCAAGCCGGAUGUUAUCAAGUGGUCUGCCUUCUAUGAGCACCGAAUUAAGCUGGGAAGUAAAGUCAUUUUCCACCUCGAGGCUUUCGUGGCAAAGUUCAUGCGUAUCUAUGAGAGUUACUUGAUGGGCAUGGAUUUCUAA